AUGAAUCAGACGCUAACUUCACCAACUUGCUCAACAAAUUCUCAAUCAACUGUCACCAACAAUUGUAAUGAAUUGGCUGCCAAAUUAGCUAGAAGAAAUAUGAUCGCUGAAGGUGAACCAGUGGAACAAGUGAAGCCACCGAAGCUUUCUAUUUAUUCCGAAUUUCAUGAAUUUACACGAAAACAAAUCAAAUAUUUUAUGGAGACAUUUAAAAAAUAUGAUGAAGAUCACGAUAAUUACAUUGAUUUCAAUGAAUUAAAACGAAUGAUGGAGAAACUGGGUGAAGCACAAACACAUAUUGCAUUAAAAAAUAUGCUCAAAUUGGUUGAUGAAGAUCAGGAUGGUAAAGUAAGUCCACGUGAGUUCAUGCUCAUAUUCCGUUAUGCAUCCACUGGUCAGUUGUCUUGUGCGACAGUUUUCAACGAAUUAGCUGCAUCAGUUGAUGUGGUCAAAGAAGGAGUACAUGCUGCUGCCGAUUUCUUCGAAGCUAAAAUCGAAGAACAAAUAAAGCUGAGCAAAUUUGAGGAAGAAAUUCGAGCUGAGCAAGAAGAAAAAAAAUUAAAGCAAGCUGAAAGAAAAGAGCGUCGACAACAAUUUCUUGCAAAUAAAUCAGUUUUCAUAUAA